UCUCCGUCUCCACGCCAGCCCCGACGGACACACCUGGAGUCAUGGCCUCCAGCCUCAGCCCACCGCCGUCCCCGCUCGUCGUGAGACUGGCCCAGGCCGUCCAGAAACCGCCGGCCACCGUCUCCAGAAAGCUGGAGAGAUACUUCCAGACCAAGGCCUCGGGCGGCGGGGAGUGCAGGGUGCGACCUGGGAGCCACAGCGCCCCAGACACCUUCCUGGUGGAGUUUGCAGACAGGGCAGCCAAGGAGGGAGUAUUGGAAAAAGAGAAGCACCAGAUUUUGAUUGAAGAUAAUAAAUAUGUGACCAUUUUCCUGGAAACCACUAAAAAGUCAAGAGAGAACACAAGACCCAGAAUUCCUUCAUUGACACAGUCACGAGUGGAAACACUGCCUGAUGAGAACCAUCCCAAUGCCAGACCUGUUCCUAGAGCUGGGAACUCCUGCAUCCAAAAGGUCUUUCUUACUGUGGAGGCUGACCUGAACUGUGACCUGUUUUCCAAAGAGCAGAGGGCACAUGUGACCACUCUCUGCCCUGGUAUCAAGAAAAUGGAGGGUAAAGAUGGAAUUGAGAAGGUGUCUGGUGACUUCAAAGACAUUGAAAAAAUCUAUCACUUCUUGAGUAGGCAAAUGAUGGAACAUGAGCAGGAAGAGGUGUCCUCUCCUUCCAUUGUGGGGAGCACGCCAUCUGACCUGCAGGACUGGGACAGCAGCCUGUAUACUGCAAAACCAAACACCGGAUCAGAAGAUAAAGGUUUUAAAGUUCCCUUACUUUACUUUGAAUAUUUCACACACAUCCAUCCUGAUAUAAUAGAUUCGAUACAGACACAAUUUGGCGUAAACAUUCAAAUUCAAGAUAUGCCUCCCAAUGAGGUCUAUGUAGAUUUUCUCCCCAGUCAAUCAGGUGAUCGGGAUGCAGCUCAGGAGUAUUUUGCCAAGGAGUUUCAGAAGAACACGGAAUCUCUGAAUCAAGACUGUGUCUCUUUAGCAGACAGUCAGUGGACAAAACAGGAAUUGAGUCACCGUUUUACAAAGCUUCUGAUAAAAGAACAAGGAGGAAUGCUAACUCUCCUUGGGACUCAAGAUGACAUUUCAGCUGCCAAAGAAAAGAUUUCUGAAACUUUUGUCAAGGUACCUGUAAAAAUAUGGUUCCCCAGUUGGAUGAAUGAAAUAGAGGUUAAUACUGUUCUCUAUAAGCUUCUAGAAGUUGAGUUACGUCAGGAGUUACAAAACAUAGAGCAAAAGUACAAUGUUAGUAGUGCAGUUAUUGUGAAACAUCAGAAAACAUUCGUUCAGUUUAAUCCUAUAGAUAUGCAGAUGGAUCUGACUGUCCAUGCUUCUGCAAAUUUCAUUGAUGCCUUUCAAUAUGUCACAUGUCAGCUAGUGACAGAAGAUCUUUCACUGAAACUUCUGGGCCAAGAUAAAAAGUACUCACAUUGGACCAAGUUUGUGGAUGACUUUAGGAAGAGGCAUCCAUAUAUACACUUCACAUUGAAUGAGGAAUCAAUGACUUUGAUUGGUUUGCCAAAGCAUCUUGCUGAAGCUAAGCAGCGUAUCUACUUAGAAAGCAGGGUACUAUUCACUGGAGAGAAGUUGAAUCAUGAAACACCCAUGGAUAUUGACAAGAUUCAGUCAAAACCAACGUCUCUGUCACUCAGUGGCUUGGCACAUUCUGAGGCCCCAGAAGAGAAUGAGAAAGACAAGGCCCUCUGUGUCAUCUGCAUGGAUACCAUUCGAGACAAGCAUGUGCUGCCAAAGUGCAAGCAUGAGUUCUGCAAUGCUUGUAUUGAAAAGUCCAUGACAUACAAGCCAGUUUGUCCUGUGUGCCAGACUUCCUACGGUGUCCACAAAGGGAAUCAACCAGAUGGAAUCAUGACUCACACCACUUUGAAAGAGCAUCUUCCAGGUUAUGAAGGCUAUGGCACCAUUGAGAUUCAUUACAAGAUAGGAAGUGGCAUACAAAGUAAAGAACAUCCAAACCCAGGAAAGCCUUUUCUUGGAACAGAAAGAACUGCAUAUUUGCCUAAUAAUAAGGAAGGACGGGAGGUUUUGGAUCUGCUCAAAAUUGCCUUUGAACAAAAGCUGAUUUUCACAGUGGGGGACUCUCGAUUAUUAGGACUCUCUGAUCGUGUCACUUGGAAUGAUAUCCACCAUAAAACAUCGAGAUAUGGAGGACCAGAAAGAUUUGGCUACCCUGACCCCACGUACCUGGAACGAGUCAAGGAGGAGCUGAAAGCUAAUGGGAUUGAAAAGAAAACUUCUGGAGGGAAAUCCUAAUUCAGGCCUUCAGAAGAUGUAUUUUAGGAAGCUUACUUAAUUCAUUAAUUAAUGCCAAUCUAAAUCCCUCCAUAGAAAUACUUUCAAAAUCUUUUCAUAUCAAGCAAUGGCUUGUAUAAGAGUAGAGCUCUGGGGCUGGGAAUAUGGCCUAGUGGUAGAGUGCUUGCCUUGCAUACAUAAAGCCC